AAAUUAGACGCCAACGCGUUCGCAACUCAGAGCGCGCGCGCCUCUCUCUCUCUCUCUCUCUCUCUCUCACUCACUCACUCUAUCUGUCUCUAGCGCUCACACGUACUCGCGCUCGCUCAGACACACGCGCUGACCGCCACAGUGUGGCCAGCAAGUGUUAAAAAGUUGUCAAACGCAGCGGAUCGAACGAGCGCCGUUUCAAUUGAACCGAUCGAACAGUUGCCCGCCAAACAUGCUGCUGGCCGUUAAUCAGAGUGUGAGCAAUUCGAAGAAGCGACGCGACGCAGAGGCAACAGGCGAAACAUCGACAACAUCGACUACGGCAACAUCACAGAGCAGCGCCUCCAGAGAGCUGACAGAUUCCAGCACGCAGCUGGUGGCCAACAUGCUGCUGCCGGAUGAGGCGAGUGGCGUGGGCAUGGGCGGCGUCUGCCAGAGUUGCCAGCAUCGCCAGCGGCAGAGUUGCCAGCCGGCUGGCUGCAAGUGCAGCUGCAACUGCAUCAACAAACUGGACGCCCCGCCGCCCACGUCCCUUGUCCUCGUCUAUUUGUACUUGGGCGCACUUACUCUGAUGCUGGCCACACUGUCGAUACUCUUCUACACGUACACCCAGGCGGGCGAGGAGUCGGUGACCGUGGGCGUUCAUCAGCGUCAGCGGGAGCAGCGGAACCAGUUCCAGGACGAGUUGUUGCGCUCCGAACACAUUCUGCGCGCCAUGGUCACCCAGAUCAUGGAAAGGGACUAUCCCAUGGCGGCGAGUCCUACAACAGCGCAGCCGAUGAGCAUAGUCCGCAACGAGCGGAAGAUGAACAACAAUUUCAUUAGCCAAUUGCCAAUAGAGAAGCGCUUUCGCAGAGACAUCGCCUCGUCGUCUCCCGCCUCGAUGCAUGCAGAUCCAUUGAUUGAGUUCUUUAAUCCCAACCAUCGCAAGGCUCUGGAGGAGCAGGACACAGAGAUACGCAAGCGAACGGGUCUGAAGGGCGCGGCCCCAGGCGGGGAUGAAUGGAUCUAUUUGAAUACGUAUUGCCGUGUGCCCGAAAAGAUUAUCACGGGCUUUUGCAAGGGCACACAGGAAUACUGCCCGCCAGCCCCAGCUGGCCCAAUGGGCCCAGUAGGACCCAAAGGACCCACCGGCAAUCCCGGCCUGCCGGGCAUACCCGGUCCCAAAGGGAAUCGCGGAGACGUCGGCCUGCCGGGAGCACCAGGCGUCGACGGUGUGGGCCAGCAGGGAGCACCGGGUCCUCGUGGCCCCAAGGGUGAUCCUGGGGCCGUGGGCCGCGCCGGUCUGGAUGGCCGAGACGGCGUACCCGGUGAGCCGGGAUUGGAUGGGGUGCCGGGUCGAGCUGGAGCCGACGGCAAGAACGGUCUACCCGGACGCGAUGGCAAGGAUGGACUGAAUGGCAAAGAUGGCAAGGAUGGCAUGUCCAUAACAGGUCCAAAGGGUGCUCAAGGUCCACCCGGUGAACGAGGGCUGAAGGGCAUAGCGGGUCCACGCGGACGUCCGGGCAAACCGGGCACCAACGGCACACCCGGCGUGCCUGGCAUCAACACCUGGAAGAUGCAGUAUCCCAAUGGCAGCGCCUCCAAUGAUCUGCUCAUACCACCUUCCAUCACAGAUGUCAAUGCGCCCAACUUCCGACGCAAUGUCAUCGUCGAGGAGGGGAAGACGCUCAACAUGAGCUGCUCGGCGACGGGCAAUCCACAGCCCCAGGUGGAGUGGCGUCGCGACGAUGGACGCACCAUCAACGUGAACGGCAUCGAGCUGAGCUCCAUUAGUGGACAGUUUCUCAAGUUCGGCAACAUUACGCGACAUCAAAUGGCUGCCUACACCUGCUAUGCCAACAAUGGCAUUGCGCCCGUUGCCAACGCCACGUUCCUGGUCGAGGUGCACUUUGCGCCGAUGAUAUCUGUCUACCGGCAAAUGAUCUAUGCGGAGUACCAGAGCAGCGCCACCCUGGAGUGUCAGGUCGAAGCCUUUCCGGAGGCUAUACGGUACUGGGAGCGGGCCUACGAUGGCAAAAUACUGGAUCCAAGUGAUAAGUAUCGCAUUGAGUCCUAUCCAGAUGGUUUCAAGACCUCCAUGCGUUUGACCAUAAACAACCUCCGCAAGGACGACUUCGGCUACUACCAUUGCGUGGCACGCAAUGAGCUAAAUGCGACUAUGGUUAAUUUCGAAAUAGCGCCUCAGGAUCCAAACAGUGAGAUUCCCUAUGUGGGCAACAAUGUCAAGAUCUACGGACAGCGGCCGCCCGAAAGCGAGUGUCCCGUUUGUGAUCAGUGCCCAGACCCUAGCUUGUAUCAAUGCAAGGAUUCCAUACUCAACAACUUUGAGAUACAGCCGACAGGCAAUCGCAGUUACCCGGGCUUGCCGAAGCGUGUGAAAACCUGUUAUCUAUAUGCAGUGGGUAAGCCCGUUUUCCACAAGGUGGUGAAUGAGAAAUAUGGCUCCUGGCUGCGCGAUCCAGCGCCAAGAGAAGUCGAUCGGGAGAAAACCUUUGUGACCAACGAAAAUGAUGCCUAUAACCUAUUCGAGUUCUCCACGCGCACGCAAUAUCGAGUGAACAGUGUGCCCAGGCACAAGUACGAAAUAUCUGAAGGUUUUCAAGGCAAUGCACACGUCGUCUACAACGGUUCAUUCUACUAUCAACAGAAGAACUCCGAUUUGGUUGUCAAACUGGACUUGACGACCUCCAAGAAGAUAAGCGUUCAGUUGCCAUAUUCGGGAAUUGCGACUGGCAAUCGACUCUACGCAACUGACUAUAAUUAUAUGGACUUCAACGUGGAUGAAGUCGGUCUUUGGGUUAUUUACAGCACGCUCGGUUCGAACAAUACUCUGGUAGCUAAGCUGGAUGCCGAGACGUUGCGCAUGCAGUAUAAUUUUAAUAUAACACUUGAUCAUAAACAAUUCGGCGAAAUGUUUAUUGUCUGCGGCAAUUUGUAUGCCAUCGAUUCGGGGACCGAUAAAAAUACACAAAUUCGCUACGUCGUGGAUCUCUACAAGGGCAAACUGCUCAACGCGAAUCUGCCCUUCUCGAAUCCGUUCAGCUACACGACGACAGUCGGCUAUAAUCCCCUCACAGUGGAAUUAUACUCUUGGGACAAGGGUAACGCACUCACAUAUCCUAUACGCUAUAACGAACAUCGUCUAGUUACAGAUAAUAUCUAAGUCAAAUGUUUACUACAAAUAAAUACAAAUUGUUCUUUUUUUUUACCACAUA